UCUCCGAGUUCCGCGAUCAUUCUCGGGCGGUUUCUCCUAAGUUUUAUCUUAACGACAUAUUACCCGCUACUAGAACAUAUCCUAAAUACCCCGAAGAAGUCGCUCUUUAUCCUUCCUCCCGGGGUAGUGAUACCCCCCUCCGUUACUAGCUUAGACGGCCCUGGGACGAUAAGGGUUUUCGAUGUCUUUAAAGAUGAGAGUAAUAGGCUAAGUGAACACGUUCAUCGAAACUCUUCCUCUAACAAAAGCAAGCAAAUUCCGGAAGAUCCGUGCGUUCCCACAUCCAAAAGAAGCCACUAUCAAACGCCCAGAGUCGCGAACGCGAAAAAGUCACUUGCAGGACGAGUGAGUCACUUAAUAGCUGAAGACUCUUCAAAUUAUACCCCCGAGGCCCUCUUAGCCGGUAACCUCCUCCUACUAAGAAAAACGAUCACCUACCUUAAGCGCGCUUCUAAUAUGACGAGUGCUAAGGCUCAGUUCUCUAAUGACUUUCCGGAUAUGGAUGAUAUUUCUAAAGAGAAUUUUGCACAUGCAUACGGCAUCAUCACUACAAGUGCCACAGCAAUUGAUAUUCCAGCGCGAGAGGAGGUGACCGUGCAAUCGAGGUCGACUGUCACGCGCCACAAAUGGACCAUGAACGACGAACGCCGAUUGUUGAAGUUAAGAGAUGCUCAAAAGUUAUCGUGGCGGCAAAUUCAUGAAUCGUUUCCUAAAAGAACUAUGGGUGCAGUGAAAACCCGAUACUUUUCGAAGUCUGCUAGGCAGUAUAAUUCUUCUUCCAGCAAGGAAAAUCACUCCGUUCACAGCCCGCAGAGGAAUAAUACACCAACUAUGCGAAGAAGUCCGAGGCUGAAUCGAGCCAAGAAUGCCUCAAUUGCAGUAAGCAACGCGGGACGGGAUCGAAUAUCUCAUUCACAUGAUGUGCGGUGCUCCAAAAAAUCGACUUUAUCAAACCAGGAAGCUAUUGACCCACGACUUCGGUCUUACGGCAAGUCAUAG